AUGGCGGCACUGGUGGCGGCGGAGGCCGCGGCGCCUCCGGGCCCGGCCGAGGCGGCCGAGACGGCCGAGGCGGCGGAGCUGAGCCGCGCCCUGAGCCGCCUGCUGCCCGGGCUUGAGGCCGACAGCAAGCUGAGCCGGCGGCGCGCGCUCGAGGCGCUGCAGCGCGCAAUCGAGGCGGCGUGGCCCGAGGAGCCCGCCGCCGAGUCCGCCGCCGCGGCCGCAGGCUUCCAGGGCCCGUGGGCGCGCCUGCUGCUGCCGCGCCUGCUGCGCUGCCUGGCCGACCCGGCGGAGGGCUGCCGCGCGCUGGCGGCGCACCUGCUGGGCCUGGGCCUGCGGCGCGCCGCGCGGCCCCGCGACGCCCUGCCGCGCCUGCUGCCGGCGCUGGUCGCGCGCCUGGCCGGCCCCGAGUCCGAGCGCGGCCGGCCGCCCGAGACCUGCGAGGAGCUGCGCCUGGCGCUUGUGCAGCUGCUCGGCCUGGCCGUGCGCCUGGGCGGCGCCGCGCUCGCGCCCCACCUGGACGACGCCGUGAGGGUGCUGCGCUGCACGCUGCUCGACCCGUUCGCCGCCGUGCGCCGCGAGAGCUGCCAGUGCGCCGCCAGCCUGGCGCGCGCCACGCCAGACCACUUCCACAUGCAGUCAGAGUCCUUGAUCGGCCCCCUGAUGCAGAGCAUCUCACACCAGCACUGGAAGGUGCGGGUGGCUGUCAUCGAGGCCACCGGCUCUGUGAUCCAGUUUGGCAGCGGGAAGUCGGUGGACGACGUCCUCCCUCACUUUGCUCAGAGGCUCUUCGAUGACGUCCCCCAGGUGCGGCAGGCGGUGACUUGUGUGGUGGGGGGCUGGCUGCUGGACCUGCGGGACCGCUACUCCUUCUUCCACAAGCUGAUCCCGCUGUUGCUUAGCAACCUCGAGGACGACAUCCCUGAGAUCGCGCUUGCAGCCGCCAGCCUCUGGGAGAAGGUGGGCCUGCAGUGGCAGAGGGAGAACGAAGACGACCUCAAAGAUAAGCUGGACUUCGCCUCGCCCCCUCCAGCCCACCACCCCUCGCCAGACAACCGCCCCGGGUUGGGCUGUCGGGAGCUCGUCUUCAGAAACCUCUCCAAGAUCCUUCCCGCCAUCUGUCAUGAUGUCACUGACUGGGUGGCGGGGACCAGGGUGAAGGCCGCGCAGCUGCUGGCGGUGCUGCUGCUGCACGCCGAGGACCACGUCACGCAGCACCUGGAGGUCGUCCUGCGAACCCUGCACCGGGCCUGUGCCGACGACGACAGGGCCGUGGUCCGCAGCUGCACCCGAUCUGCCGAGCUGGUCGGGGCGUUCGUCAGCCCGGAGGUGUUUCUGAAGCUGGUCCUGCCCGCGCUGAAGAAGUCGCCCUCCCCCUCGGGCCUCCUGAUCCUUGCGUCCAUCGUCAGAGGCUGCCCUAGGGAAGCCCUCCGGCCGCACCUGACGCUCAUCGCUACGGAGCUGGCCCGGCCCCACAUCUGUCAAGGCUCUGAAAAUCCCUUUACGGGAGCACCUGCUGCUGUGCGUGCGGACUCUGGUCUCCGUGUGCCGCGAAGACUGCAGACGGUGCAGCUUACAGCUCUUGGAGGUGCUGGUGACCAUAGAGGCGCUCUGGGGUGCCACAGCCUCGGCGACAAGGUCCAGGAGACCAUGGACGCGCUGGCCGCGGCACAGGACAUCGACGGCCACCAGGAUCUGUACCGGGAGCACGCGGGCCCCCUCGUGGAGUGGCUGGCCGCGUCGCACCAUGACUGGACCGUCCACUCAGCAGAGCUUCUGCAGUUCGUCGUGGUGGUCAACCACGCAGGCCCGGCGCUGGGAGAAGUGCUCCCCCACCUGGUGCCCGUCCUCAGGAGCUGCCUCCAGCCCGCCCGGGACCCGCAGAUGCGCCUGCGGCUCUUCUCCUCCCUGUCGCGGGUGCUGCUGAGCGCAACGCAGACAGUCGACUCCCAGGGGCACUUUCACCACUACCUCGACACUGUGACGAAGGACAUCUUGGUCCCCAAUCUGCAGUGGCACGCAGGGAAGACGGCUGCAGCCAUCCGCACGGCAGCCGUGUCCUGCCUCUGGGCGCUCAUCAAGCAGUGAGUCCUGCGGACGAGCAGAUCCGGAAAGUUCAGGAGACACUGAUGCCGCAGAUUCUAACCCCUGGAAGAAGAUUCCCAGAUGACUCGAUUAAUUUCGUGCCAAAUCAUCAACACGUUUCUAAAGACCUCCGGUGGUGUGGCUGAUGCCGAUAAGCUCAUCAAGGUUAUCCUGAGCUCCUGAAGCGUCUGGACGACGUCUCCCACGAAGUGAGGCUCGCGGCCACCUCCGCCUUGGUCACGUGGCUGGCGUGUGUCAG